AUGCGUCUCAACAGCAAAGGUGAAAGUGUUGUUCAUCGAGCCGCCAUUAGAAACGAUGUGGACCAAUUGCAGACUCUUCUGUCGUCUGGCCUAUCGGCUAAUGUGCGAGACCACGCCGGUUGGACACCUCUUCAUGAGGCUGCCUUACGUGGACAUACUGAGGUAACUUUUCCUUCCAUUUUUAGUGCGAUCAAGUGGCGCUGAGUUGUCGCCACCACCACCACCACCACCACCACCACCACCACCACCACCACCACCACCACCACCACCACCACCACCACCUAUUUCGGGUAAACAAAAUUCACAAAAAUUCGACUUCGAAAACACAAACCGAUAGCGUAGCCUAAUGCACUUUGCCUUAUCCAAACACCAACCGACUGCCUAAUUGUAACUCCAAUGAUAAACCUAGUCGGUCAAAAAUCCAGACACCUAGGAGGGGAGAGAGGAGGAGUUGAUCGCAGCCUCAAUCGUUGCCUUGAUAAAGCCCGCGUACGAUAAUUUUUCUUUUUCAUACCAACUUUUAUUUCUUCCUCUCCACUGUAGGCGGCCAGCUGUCUUCUCAGGGCUGGAGCGUCAAUUGAUCUUCCAGGUGGUCCGGAUUUGGAGACGCCCCUACACGAUGCUGUGACAAAUGCGCAUUUACUCUGUUGCAAACUCUU